AAAGUCUGACAGGGUAAUCAUCUCCAUCCAUCAAUAUGGUUUCAUUCACUGCCCUCUUCACCGCCGCGACUGCGUUCGCAGGUGCGCUUGCCGCGCCUACCGACCUCGCCAAGCGCGCUCCUACUGAGCUUGUCGAGCGCGGCACGCCCUCUUCAACUGGCAUGAACAACGGCUACUACUACUCCUUCUGGACCGAUGGCGGCUCCGAUGUCACCUACACCAACGGUGCUGCAGGAAGCUACAGCGUCAAGUGGGCCAGUGGUGGUAACUUCGUUGGUGGUAAGGGAUGGCAGACCGGCUCCGCGAGGAACAUCAACUACAAGGGUACCUACCAGCCCAAUGGAAACUCUUACCUCGCGAUUUACGGAUGGACUACCAACCCUCUCAUCGAGUACUACAUCGUUGAGAACUUUGGCACCUACGACCCUUCCUCUGCCGCCACCGUGAAGGGAAGCGUCACCGCAGACGGCAGCUCUUACAAGAUUGCGACAACCACUCGCACCAACGCCCCCAGCAUCGUUGGAACCUCGACCUUUCAGCAGUACUGGUCCGUCCGCAACAACAAGCGCAGCAGUGGUACUGUCACCACCAAGACACACUUCGACGCUUGGGCCAAGAUGGGCCUCAAGCUCGGAACGCACAAUUACCAGAUCGUUGCUGUCGAGGGUUACUACUCCUCCGGCUCUGCUUCCAUCACUGUCUCUUAA